AUGAGCGGGCGGUUUCUCGGAUACGACGAGGAGGAGGACGAGUUUGAUGCCGAGACGUAUGGGAUCUGGAUUGCUGAGCGCGGAGCGGCCAUUCUCCUGGUGGCGCUGGCCCAUCUGCUGGCCAUUCCCAUCUACCUCUCGUGGCGGUGCUGCUGCAAGCCGCUGCUGCGCAAGUGCUGCUGCUGCUGCCGAUCAUGCUUUGAGGAGAAGACCGAUAAGAGCGGCAAGACGGUGUUCUCGGCCAUCUCGGUCCGGUCGCUCAAGCUCCUCCUCAUAGUCAUCGUUGCCAUGGUCGUCGCCGUCUUUAUCGCCGGCACCUCGGGCAAUGCCGUAACCCAGAAGGGCUUUGGCAACACCUCAGACAACCUCAUCAAGCACGGCCAGCAGCUGGUGGAUGAUGUGGAAGUCGCCAUUCAACGGCUACUUGCCCAGGCGCGGACGUCGGAUGAAGGAAGCCGCAUGGAGCCUGCGACCGAGGCCGGUAACGACGCGCUCGACACUAUCCGCAACAUCGACAACUCGUUUGACACCUUCCGCCAGUACCACUCGCUCGCUGUCUACGUGCUCUUUGCCGCGCCGGCGGCAUUUUUCGGCCUGGGCGUCUUGCUGGGCUUCUUCAACUUUACCUGCUGCCAGCUUCUCAUUGUCAUCGCCAUGUGGAACCUGCUCCUGCUGUUUGUCGUCAUCAUUGCAGUCUCGCUCCACUCGAUGCUCUGGCUGGUGACUAACGAUUUUUGCGCCGAGGUCGACCUCUUUGUCGACGGCUCGUCGACGACCAAGUCCCGCGAGCUGUUCGAAAAGGCGCUCAACUGCGUCAAUGGCUCGGAUCCCGAGGCAACCGCCGACGGCACCGGCUUUGGCGCCCUCAACAACGUCAUCCAGGACGCGCUGACCGAAGCCCGAGAUGCAGCAUGCAAUGCUGCAGACUCGCUGUAUCAUCGUGACGACGACGACGUCAUCGCCGGCGCCGACCCCAUUACCUUUGAGGUGUGCGCCACAGAGUGCACUGUCAACUCGGAGAAGGCGCUCGCCGAGGGCCUCAUGAACGGAAUCGCCGAAAUCGCCACCUAUAACGACAUCAAGACCGUCAACCUCGAUCCCAUUCUCGAGUGCCGGUUUGUCGACCAGAUUGUUGGCGACUUUCGCUCUGACCUCUGCCGUACCGCCGUCCCGGGCCUCUACACCGUCACGCUCAUGCUUGCAGUUAUCGUCAUCCUCAUCGACGUUGGCCUCGUCUUCCUCUGCCGCGGCCAGCGCCGCUUCGGCAACAUUGGCGAAGCUGCUCCGGACUCGGCCUACGGUGACUACUACUACGAGUACGACGAGUCGAAAAUCUAUGAGUACGAGUACGGUUCGUCUUACGAUGAGCUGUAG